UACCCGCGGGCGGUAGGAGGCGCGCGCCGCCGAGCUCCGGUUUGUUGUGUGGGGAGGAGUGGGGGGGGCGUCCUGGGCCCGGGUAGCCGAGAGGCGGCCGCGCUCUCAGUGAGGAGCCGCUGCCGCUCGAGCACCGGAGCGAAAUGGUCGCCCAAGCCCAAACCCGGACCGCCGGGCCUCCGCGCGUCCCGUGAAGGGUCGGGAGACACGCGGGGAUGAGCAGCUGUGCGCUGGCCAGCGCAGAGGGGACACCUGGGACCUCCCCGGCGACGACGGAGCCUCUCCUGCGUGCAUCGAGGCCAAUGUGCAAUACCAGCAUGUCUGUGUCUACUGAUGGUGCUGAAGGCACCUCACAGAUUCCAGCUUCGGAACAAGAGACUCUGGUUAGACCAAAACCAUUGUUUCUGAAGUUGUUAAAGUCUGUCGGGGCGCAGAAAGAUACCUAUACUAUGAAAGAGAUUAUAUUUUAUCUUGGCCAGUAUAUUAUGACUAAACGAUUAUAUGAUGAGAAGCAGCAACACAUUGUGUAUUGUUCAAACGAUCUUCUAGGAGAUUUGUUUGGAGUGCCGAGCUUCUCUGUGAAAGACCACAGGAAAAUACAUAUAAUGAUCUACAGAAACUUGGUGGUCGUAAGCCAGCAAGAGUCUUCAGACUCCGGCACAUCAGUGAGUGAGAGCAGAUGUCAGCCUGAAGGAGGCAGUGAACAGAAGGAUCCUGUGCAGGAGCCACAAGAAGAGAAGUCGUCUUCAGAUUCAGUUUCUAGACCAUCUACCUCAUCUAGAAGGAGAACAAUUAGUGAGACAGAAGAAAAUGCAGAUGAGCUACCUGGUGAUCGACAGAGGAAGCGCCACAGGUCCCUUUCCUUUGAUGAAAGCCUGGCUUUGUGUGUGUUAAGAGAGAUAUGCUGUGAGAGAAGCAGCAGCAGCGAGUCCACAGACACCCCCUCAAAUCAGGAUCUUGAUGAUGGUGUAAGUGAACACUCGGGCGAUUGGCUGGAUCAGGAUUCAGUUUCUGAUCAAUUCAGUGUAGAAUUUGAAGUUGAGUCUCUUGACUCAGAAGAUUACAGCCUGAGUGAAGGAGGGCAGGAGCUCUCAGAUGAGGAUGACGAGGUCUAUCGAGUCACAGUGUAUCAGUCAGGAGAAAGUGAUGUAGAUUCCUUUGAAGGAGAUCCGGAAAUCUCCUUAGCUGACUAUUGGAAAUGUACCUCCUGCAAUGAAAUGAAUCCUCCCCUUCCACCUCACUGCAACAGAUGUUGGACUCUGCGUGAGAACUGGCUUCCAGAAGAUAAGGAGAAAGAUAGAGGGGACGCCUCUGAAGAGGCCAAGCUGGAGGCAGAAGGCUUAGAUGUUCCUGAUGGGAAAAAAGCUACAUCGAGUGAUUCUAAGGAGUCCUGCACUGAGGAGAAUGAUGAUAAAGAAAUAUAUACCUCCCAGUCGCAAGAGAGUGAGGACUAUUCCCAGCCCUCAACUUCCAGCAGCAUUGUUUAUAGCAGCCAAGAAGACGUCAAAGAGUGGGAGAAGGAAGAGACAGCAGACAAAGAGGAGAAUGUGGAAUCUGGCUUCUCUCUUAAUGCCAUUGAACCAUGUGUGAUUUGCCAAGGGCGGCCUAAAAAUGGUUGCAUUGUUCAUGGCAAAACUGGACAUCUCAUGUCAUGUUUCCCAUGUGCAAAGAAGCUAAAAAAAAGGAAUAAGCCCUGCCCAGUGUGCAGACAACCAAUACAAAUGAUUGUGCUAACUUAUUUCAGCUAGCUGACCUGCCCAUAAAAAUAGAAUUAUAUAUUUCUAACUACAUAACUCCACAGAUUACACAAUAUGGGUUUUAUUUUUAUCUGCAUACACUAAAAUGAGAAAAGUGUCUCUGUCCAUGUAAAAUUUAUUGUACAAUUUAUUUCCCUGAGAGUAAGGAUAGAGAAUGUUUACUUCCUUUUGGGAUACCUUCACUUAAUUAUAUUUUACAUUGGGGUUUUGAUGUAAUCUGCAUUGGCUGUGUAGCUCUUUUCAUUUUCCUUCUGUUUUAAGUAAUUUCCACUUGGAAGGACUGACUGUUGGAAGUGAAAUGCGUCCUCUACUACGGCAGAUGAUGAUGGUCCUUUCGGAAGAGUGGCUCUGUAAGAAGUUUUUGAUUUCCUUUUUUUUCCUCUAACAAAGGACAUUUAAUUUAUUUAGUACCUCUCAUGAAAGGAGUUAGAAGCUGUGUGAAGGAUUAAAUAUUUUAAGUUAUUGAAACUCUGAAACUCCUUAGUUCUCCAGUGGUUACAGGCUGGACAGGUGAUGCUGUUGGUAAAAAGGCACUUGCUAUGUAACCCUGAUGGAUGACAUAGCUUUGAUCCCUGGAACCCAAAAGGGGAAGGAGGGAACCAAGUCCAUGAAGUUGUUCUCUGAUCUAACACCUGCUCCAUGUGCACACAAUUUUUUUUAAAGGUACGAGUUGUAUCUGGUGAUAUGUAAGUAAAAACAUGCACCUUAUUUUCCAGCUUUUUGUCAUGCAGAGUGGGUUCUCCGAGGUUGAAAAUUCUUAGACCCUUAGAAAGCUCCUUCUUGGGCUCAGCUCCAUGGUUUCUGAUGUUCUUAGGUUAGGUUUAGAAACCAUUCAGAAACAUGCAUAUUAUUUUAAAAAGACUUCUCCAUCCAUGUAGAUCAGACUCUUUCCCUUUGAUCAAAGAAAGGGCCCUAUGUUUUUCACAUGCUCAAGUAUAGAAAAUAAAAUCAUCUGGACUGUAAAUUUAGAGUAACCAAAGGAUAGUUUUGUACUAAACUUGUUGACUUAAGCAUUGAAAACAAAAAGUACUCCUCCCCAUGAAGAAGCAUCUCACAUCCAAGGAGGAGAACAGUGAGGAGUGAGUCUUCAGGUUUGGCACCCUGUAACCCAGUGCAUCUCCACUCUUUGGAUUUGUAGUACCAGGACUAUAUCCUUGGGGAAUACUAGUCUCUAAAUGUUUAGGUGUGCUAUAAUACAUUAUUUAUUUGCAAAUAAAUGGUUUAUUAAAUAUUUAAA